GCUCGCGGCGGCGGCACCUCCCGUCCCCUCCCGACCCCUCCCUCAGUCCCGCUCGGCGGCCGCGGCGGCAACAUCGGCGGUGCCGCUGUGGGCAGAGGUGCCUGCUUCUUCUCCGCCUCAGCUCCGCUAUCCCCGGGCACGAUGCAGUUUAUGUUGCUUUUUAGUCGCCAGGGGAAACUGAGACUCCAGAAGUGGUAUGUCCCAUUAUCUGACAAAGAAAAGAAGAAAAUCACAAGGGAACUUGUUCAAACAGUAUUAGCCCGCAAACCGAAAAUGUGCAGCUUCCUGGAAUGGAGAGACCUGAAGAUUGUCUACAAAAGAUAUGCAAGCCUCUAUUUCUGCUGUGCUAUUGAAGAUCAGGACAAUGAACUAAUAACUCUGGAAAUAAUUCAUCGCUAUGUAGAACUUCUUGACAAGUAUUUUGGCAGUGUCUGUGAACUUGAUAUCAUCUUCAAUUUUGAAAAAGCCUAUUUCAUUUUGGAUGAGUUCCUUUUAGGAGGGGAAGUUCAGGAGACAUCCAAGAAAAAUGUUCUUAAAGCCAUCGAACAAGCAGAUCUCCUACAGGAGGAAGCAGAGACCCCACGUAGUGUACUUGAAGAAAUUGGAUUGACAUAAAUCUUCUCUUCAGCUGAUGCCAUCUCAGUGUUUCAUACUGUAAAUGUUCACUGCCUUCAUUGUAAUGUUUAGCUAAUGGUGUAAGAUGCUGUUUGUCAGUAUUACUGUUUUGCUAAGCUGCUUCAUUCAGGCCUACAAGAAAAAUACAAAAAUACUUUUUUUUGAAAAGGGAACAAGAAACCUAAGUUCAAAAUUUAUAAAUGAAAGGGAAUUAGAUUUAAAUUGACUCAGUGUUUCCCUUCACUGCAUUUAUAGGAAAAUUGCAUUUGACUUCGAUAAGCCUACUGUUUUUUAUAAGUGAACUUGACUUCAGGAAAUAAAUGUAUUACUAUGACAUAAGCAUAGCCUACCUAAAUGAAAAGAAUCUACAUGGACAACUCCAAAUAUGAAAUGUUCCGGUGUAGAAAUUGUGUUUAUGCAACCAAAGAAUUUGUUCAUCUACAUUUUAGUCACCACUUGUGAUUAUUCUGCUUAUUUCAGUUGUUGCAUAAUGAUUGGAAAUAUCUGUUUACUACUGAAUUUGUCAUUAUACCAAAGAAUCCUGCCAGGAUCUGCAUAUCAAACUGGUAAAAAACUGUUAAGGUGAUAACUGCUUUUUUUAAGAAAUCUGAUCAACUCACUAGACAUGAAGGUGUAUUUUAGUGUAACUACCUUGAGCAAAACUGUGCAAGUUACUAUACUUCAAAGGGAAUGCAUGGAGGAGAGAAGGAAAACCAGCCCAGACUGAAUAAGGAAACUGUUUUUAGGUCUGAUAUUAGCUUGCUUUGACCAUGAACACAAGGAGGUCAGCUUUCUAACUGAAUAGAGAGAUGCAUAAUGAAAACUGAACACUUUGAAAGAUGGGAAAGAAGAAGCUUUACAGAAGGGACCUUUUAUUAUUUUCUCUCAAAGUCUACCAACUAAUUUGUAUUUUUUGGUGUUUUGUAGUUACGCUUCAUUGGGUGUAUAGGUACCUUUAGGACACACUAAGUGUCAGUCAUUUAACUGCUUUUCUUGAUCAACACAUUAAACAUGUGGUACAUCCCUUACAAUACUCCUGCGUGAUGUAGUUGAACCAACUAAUUGGCAGUGAGAGCUCUUAACCAUUAGAUUUGUAUGGGAUAUUCACUACAAAUCAUGUGAACUGAUAUCCAGGAAUAUUUUGACACUUUGAACAGACUCUCAGUAAUUAGGGACUGAGCCUGUUUCACUAGCAGAAAUGUGAUCCAUGUGUGAUUUUGAGGGAGACAGUGGCAGUCUACACCUGGGAGUAGCCAAGUUCUGUUUCCUGUCCCCUCCCUCUCCACCCAGACACCUUCCCCUGGGAGUUUUGACUUGUUCACCUGAGUGGUGCCAUGUUUUCACAAAGCUCAGCUCUGGCAGUGCUGCUGCAGAGUGGGUUCAGUAGUACCAGCCAAAGGAAAGGUGCAGUGGUGCCACUUGUAAGCCCUGAUCCAGACCCCAGCACCAAUCCUUGUGACAGCAGAGUGGCCAGCCAGGCCCAGGCUGUGUGUGCCACUCCUGUGGCAGUACCAGCGUGGUGCCUGUGAACUCAAGCCAUUAGAACUUGUCUAUGGGUGCCCAUUCCAGGAUUCAUACACAGAUUCCAGAGACUCUUUUUUGUCCCAGGGCAUUUCCCCAGUGCACAGUGGGCAGGGGUAGAUGAGGGUAGAGGGGUAGUGAAAGGACCCUGUGUGUGAGAUUGUAGUGGUAAAAUGGAUUUAAGUCAAACCAGAAGCAAUUUUAUAUGUAUUAAACAUGUUUUUAAAGUUUACACUGUCACUUGUAUGUGCUUGGCUGGAUUAAGCUUCGUUGUGAUUGUGACAAACUGUUUGACCUCUGUCUGUCACAUUGGUUUAGUUGUAAUAAAUGUUCAUUUUUACACCAUUACUGUGUUUAUAUGUAAUUAGUGCCUGUAUUCACAGAGGAAAGAAGAGGCCACUCAGUGCUGGCUUAAAAAAAGGGGAAAGUUUAUUACAGUGCUUAACCUGUUCUUGAGCACUUCAUUAAAAAAUGUUGAGGAUACUGUGUCCAAGUUUAGUUAUUUACAUCCAUUUAAAUUGUAGAGAAAGCAAUAAAUUAGCAAGUUUUUGGAAAGCUUGCCACAUUAAACAUGAAAUUUAUUUAAGUGGAUGUUAAGUUGAUGGGGUAGUACCACUUCAUUUGAAAAUUAAACCACAUGUUGAGAGAGAUUUCUGGAUAAUAGAGACUGAAUAUUCAGUUCUUUUCAUAGAAUUCUGAACAAGUCAAUGCAAUGUUUACAAUCCUGGUCUUGACCAAAAAUACGUCACAUGAAUCUGUUCUCCACCUUUUUAAAAGAACUGAACUGCUUGAUGUUAUCAGCAAAAGCAUGAGGAAAAAUUAACAUCUUCAGGCAUUUCUGAAAUUAAUCUGAAAUGAAGUUCCAGGUUUUGAAUUUCCUGUCUUGUGCAGAAGGGCUGGGGAGAGCUAAAGAAGAAGUAGGAAUUUCUGGAUUGUUCAGGCAAGUUGAUUGUUGUCUUAAAUGUCUUCAACUUCACUGACUUAAGUCUUUUACUCGACGAGGCCUUCCUGAAAUGUGCUGUUCCUUUUGGGGUGAUGAGGCCACAGUGAUGCUCACCCUGUGGCUGCCUCUGUCAAGUUCCCAUGUACUGGGUUACAGUUGUCCGGCUUGCUUUGCAGUCUGUCCCACAGCUCAACAAAGUCUUACCUGUCCAUGCCACAUCAGUUUUGGUUUUCAGCCAUAGAUACCAAUUCACCUGAUACAUCAGUGCUGAGCAGGAGUGUAUGUGGAAUAAAUGAGGUUCAUUUUAAUUACAAGCUUACAGUGAACGCAAAAUGAGCUGCACUCUUUGGAUGAUGUAAAAAGUAAAUUAGGCUUUUAGGUUAUUAACUAUCAUAAACUUCCAUCUUUCAUGUUUUGUAAGAAGUGCUGAUCCAGGACAGGAAGCAAUAGCAUCUUUUAGCAGGCUCUUGCAUGUCUUUAGAAAAAAACCAAGUUAUUUAGCGCACAGGAAUGUCACUGGUAAACCAGAGGGCAGUUUCAGUACACUGAACGUGCUAAUGCAAAACUGGAUGCAGAACAGCCAUGCUGCCAUCACAGGGCAUAAAAAUGGGAGAGGAGUCACUUGGGAUGCAUUUUGGACAAUGUGCCCUAUACACAAGGGCUGGGGCCAGAGAGGGAAGGCCUUGCUGGGUGUCCACAAGAAAUGCUUUGCAUUCAACACACACACGUGCCUCCCUCCUCAACCCCUGAUGGGGGUUUGCUGCUCUGGACAGGCAGACAGGGAAUGAAAUCCCACAGAAGUGGCCCCCAGCUACAGUUGGAGGGAAGGCUCUGCUGUGAGGGGGCAAGCCCAGCUCCCUGAUGCCUUCAUUCUGCUGGGCAGCAACAGUGCCCAUGCCUACAGGGGCUCCCCUGUGCUGCUGCCUGCCUGGGCUGUUCCUCCUCCACUGAAGGGCAGGGCAGCACCUGCUCCCCAUCCUGACUGAAGCAGGGCAGCUGGCAGGCCCUGGCACUGCCCCCCUGAACCUCUGUGUAAAUGCCAGAAUUACUCCAAAGCACCUCCAUGAUCCCUGCAGAAUUCACAACUGAAAAAGAAGUAUUUUGAAAUACUGCUACUUUUAAAUAGCAGUUGAAGACAAAACAAAACUUGGCCCGUAUUAAUUCACUUUAUAAGGUCCUUUUCUGUGGAAUAUGCGCAAUAACACGCAAUGGAAAUUUACAAAUUUAAAUCCUUUCCAUGUUCUUCUGGGACUUUUUCCCUUGGGGAAAGAAAAUAAUUAAGCUUAACAUUAAAAAACUUCUAGUCUGUCUCUCCAGAAUAAAGCAGCUCACUCAAAUAAUAAGGAAACACAAAACCAUGCAUAUAACACUACUUAAGAUUAUGAAGCAGAGAAACAAUACUGAAAAUUACAAACUCCAGAGUUAGAAAACUGGUGGAAUCCCAGGUUUCAUGCUAACAAAUGCAAGCUAAAUGUCAGAUCUACAGCACUCAAAUUCUGUGUAAUAAACAGAUGGUGUGUGAAAGUGCAGGGCAAUCACAGCUACCAGUCCUACACUGUACAGGUACAGCCAGCACGUUUGGGUCCAGACCUCAAGAAAAACAAGCUGAAGCUUCAGCCAUUGUAGUAGCAGAAAUAAAGUAUAUUUAAAUUUUUACAUGCAUUUCUAAGCAAGUUUGGUUUUUUUGUGGUUGGUU